AUGGAUCCCGAAGCAUUCUUGGAUCUGGCCAACCAGGUCAUCAAAUUGAAAAUGUAUCCUUAUUUCGACGUCGCACAUUCAUUAUUAUGCGCUCUAGCGGUAAGAGAAGAUUUGGGCUCUGGCGCUCAGGCUUUCUCCCGCAAGCACCCCUUAGCGUGCUGGCUGUCCACGAUGCUGGUGAUCUUUGCUGGUGGCAUGGUGGCCAACGCCCUACUUGGGGAGCCGAUACUCGCGCCGCUGAAGAACACGCCGCAACUCCUCAUUGGCACCGUCACUUGGUACUUAGUGUUUUACACGCCGUUCGACGUUGGCUACAAAGUGGCUAAAUUCCUACCGGUGAAGAUUGCAGCGUCCGCCAUGAAGGAGAUAUACCGGGCUAAGAAAGUUUACGACGGUGUGAGUCACGCGGCCAAGUUGUACCCCAAUGCCUAUAUAAUUAUGGUCAUAGUUGGAACGCUUAAAGGCAACGGUGCUGGAUUUUCAAAGCUGAUAGAGAGACUUGUGCGCGGUGCCUGGACUCCUACAGCGAUGGAAACGAUGCAGCCGAGCUUCUACACGAAGGCGUCGCUAGUUGCGUCUGUGAUAUUCGUCCUGGACAAGAAGACUGACCUCAUUUCUGCGCCGCACGCCUUGGUCUAUUUCGGUAUCGUCAUCUUCUUUGUCUACUUCAAGUUGUCUUCCAUUUUGCUGGGCAUCCAUGAUCCCUUCGUGCCUUUCGAGAACCUGUUCUGCGCACUAUUCCUCGGCGGGAUCUGGGACUCGCUUGCCAAAUUCCUUGGCAAGGGACAGCCUAAAGAAGAGAGCAAAGACAACAAAAAGACAAAU